GACCAGGUCCGAGUGCAGCCCGGGAGGAGGGAGCGCGGCCUAGUGCGGGCGCCGUGCGGGCUUCGCAGCUGCUGCUCCCGCGCCGGCUCUCGCGGGAGCCGGUGUUGUCGGCCGCAUUUGGCGAGGGGGAAACGGAGUCCCCACGGGGUAGCGGCUCGUCCGCGUCCCCAGCUUCGGUGGCCGAGCGACCCCGGAGGCUUCUCGCUUCGACCGCGGUCCUUGCGGGCCGGGCCGCCGCUGCCUCCUCGCUCCUUCUGGGCCUGGCCCGGCCUGUGGGUCCGGGACCGCCGGGCGGGCCGCGGGAACUUGGCCGACCUUGGCCCUGUCGGGUCGGCCGUGGCGGGGAGGGGAGGCGUGGCCGGGCAAGGUCCCCCGGCGGCCCCCGGCGCCGCUGUCCGCCCAGCAAAGUUCCGCCGAGCGCGGCGGCCCCCGUGGGGCGCCCGGGACCCAGGAGUGAUGAGACCGGGCCCGGCCCGGCUCCCGGGAGACCGUGUGUAGACACGACCCCGGCCUCGAGAGGGGCUGCGGGGCGCAGAGGCGAAGUUUUGCCUCAGGAAACCAAGGGCCCAGGAGGGCUUCCAGGGUUGUUCAAGCUCAUGCAACAAGUCUGAAACAGAACCUUGGGUCUGGAUUUGGAAGAGCCAUUAGUGGGCGAGGGCAGUCUCUUGAGCUGGUUUUCUCCCCCAUGAAAUGAGGGGAACUCUGUUCCGCAAGAUGGCCUGAUAUGAAGGAAUCACGCCUCCCCAAGCUGCCCUGUCCUUCAAGUGCAGGAGCCGGUUGAAAUGUCGGGAAUGGAAGCCAAUGCGACCAUCCCGAUCUGGCAAAAUAAACCGCAUGGGGCUGCUCGCAGUGUAGUGAGAAGAAUUGGGACCAACCUGCCCCUGAAGCCAUGUCCCCGGGCGUCCUUUGAGACCCUGCCCAAUGUCUCUGAUCUGUGUCUGAGGGAUGUGCCCCCAGUCCCUACUCUGGCUGAUAUCGCCUGGAUUGCUGCAGAUGAAGAGGAGACAUACGCCCGGGUCAGGAGUGAUACACGCCCCCUGAGGCACACUUGGAAGCCCAGCCCUCUGAUUGUCAUGCAGCGCAAUGCCUCAGUGCCCAACCUGCGUGGGUCCGAGGAGAGGCUCCUGGCCUUGAAGAAGCCAGCCCUGCCGGCCCUGAGCCGCACCACAGAGCUGCAGGAUGAGCUGAGCCACCUGCGCAGCCAGAUUGCUAAGAUAGUGGCAGCGGAUACAGCUUCGGCUUCAUUAACGCCAGAUUUCUUAUCUCCAGGAAGUUCAAAUGUCUCUUCUCCCUUACCUUGUUUUGGAUCCUCAUUCCACUCUACAACUUCCUUUGUCAUUAGUGACAUCACUGAGGAGACCGAGGUAGAGGUCCCCGAGCUUCCAUCAGUCCCCCUGCUUUGUUCUGCCAGCCCUGAAUGUUGCAAACCAGAACACAAAGCUACCUGCAGCUCAUCUGAAGAGGAUGACUGUGUCUCUCUGUCCAAGGCCAGCAGCUUUGCAGAUAUGAUGGGGAUCCUGAAGGACUUUCACCGGAUGAAACAGAGUCAAGAUCUGAACCGGAGUUUACUGAAGGAGGAGGACCCUGCUGUCCUUAUCUCUGAGGUCCUAAGAAGGAAGUUUGCUCUGAAGGAAGAAGAUUUCAGUAGAAAAGGAAACUGACAGCACUCAGCUCUGCACACUCAGUCUCCUGCUCCUGGAAUUCCUUCAGUAGCUGCCUUCCUCACCGCAGAUGUUUCUGUCUCUCCAUCAGAAGUUUUCUGCAACAGUCUUGCCGAAAGCUAGAGCUUGGACUGAAAGAGCUGGAUUAUAUGUUUCCCAUCUUCAAACCUUAGCAGAAGCUAAGGCCUGUUGUGAGCUGAGAGACUUGUUACAGGUAAAUGUAUAGAUUGGAAUGUUUUGGUCUAAAGGCUGAGCUAGAAGUUUCUGGUUUUUCCUUGCCCCUGUGUGAAAAUAGGUCCUGAAUGACUUACUUCACUGCAUAAGACCCUAUAACUGGUCUUACCGGACACUUUGUGCCCAGCUGUCACUUACUCUUAGCAGCUUUCUUGCAGCAGAGAGAGCUAUCAGUGUUUAUGUACAUGUUCACAGGGCAGGAAAAAUCUUAUGCUGCACCAUCACAAACCAACACCAAUGUCCAGCAAUCACCCUCUUCCCAUGUCUAACACCACCUAGAUGUAGAGGUCGGCCCUCUGGACCAGCUGACAUUUGGGCUGCUUCUGGGAGGCCUGGGCUGUUUUUUUCUUAAAUAUAUUUUGUAAUACUGUACAACCAAAUAUACCCUCCAAGGCCCCACUGACUGAACUCCUGCUCUUCCAUGGACUUUAGUUCAAGCCCAGUAGGAAACAGAAAUGGAGAGGGGAAAGAGAAUAACAUCUUUCUUUGAGGCCCUUGACUGCUUCUUUGCAUUGGGCCAAGGAGGUUUGUAUCCACACCAUGCAUGACUCAGAUGCCCUCAGGUCCCUUUUCUGCAGUAUGUAUCCCGUGUGUGUUUGGGUUGAAGUACUACCUGACAUUAAAGGAUUUGGCAAGAUACUGCAUUUGCUGUGUCCAUCUCUGAGUUACAAUCACCUGAUGUACCCAAUGGGUAUAGGAUUCCUGUUAAUUUUGUAGUAUAUGAACUUUCAUAAUAGGCUCCUGACGUACCCCUUUUCCUUUUAAAGUCCUGCUUUUUAUUAAAAAAAAAAAAAAAA